AUGAACUCAAUCCCCAUCUCGGCCACCAGGCCUACAACCGGCAUCCGCGUCGCUCAAGUCGUCGGCCUUACUGCUUCGGCCUACCUUGCUGGUUCUCUCGGAAGCUUCAGCUUCAUGAGCGUCCCUGCACUGAUGGAUGCACCUGCUCCGCUGUUGGCCAAACAAUGGAAGAAAAUCUUCGACAUUGGCAAAGUGACACUUCCACCAUUGGCCCUUGUCUCAGGAGCCAUCUUCGGCUACCUUGCCUACAGAGAACCUACCGACUCAUCCAGCUUCAACCUCUACACCGCUGCGGCCAUUCUGGUUCCCAGCAUUGUACCUUACACAAUCUUCGCCAUGUCAGCUGUCAACAACAAGCUUCAGGACAAGGCUGCCUCGCUCGCCAACGCUUCUCUCACUGACGCUGAGGUCGAAGCCGGGGCUGAAGGAGAGACUGCACACCAGCUUCUGGAGAAGUGGGCUACUCUCAACCUGGGUCGCUCGCUACUUCCUCUCAUCGGUACUCUGGCAGCUGGAUGGGCCAUCGCCGACAAGUUCGAGGUUCUGGGACUCGGCGCAGUCCUCAAGACCGGUGCCGACCGCAUGGGUUGA